AUGGCAGCCAACACAUGUGACGUUGUUUCGCGACAGUUCGAGAGGAAUUCAAGAAAAGACGCUCUAAAGUCAGUCAAUCUGGACUUUGACGCCCGCGUCCCCAUCCCCUUCAGUGUCUUCCCGUCGUCGUACCGGAGUGACGCUGUCUCUGAAACUACUCAGACGAGAGUAGAGGGAGAAGUUCAACUUGAUCGCACUUCAGGCGUCGAACGGGAAGAUACUCGAAUCUCCGCCACUCUCCAAGACCCCCGUGUCCAAGGAAGAGAAGAAGUCGAGUUUCGUGUGAAGGAAGAAGCUCCCCGCAACCAAUUCCCGCCUCAGUUCCAGCAGCAGAGCCAGCAGUUCUCGCAACAGCAGUUCCAGCCGCAGCAACAGAGCCAGCAGUAUCAGCAGGAGUUCAAGUACACUCAGGAUUACUCGCAGUCUCAGGACAUCCAGCAGCAAUCCCAGCAAUCCCAGCAGUUUGACCAGCGCUACGCAGCCGAGGUUGAUCUGACCCGUGAACGCUACCCCGACCACCGUCAGUCUUCUACUCGUUUCGAGGAACGUCCCCAAGUCUACGAUCAAGUCGUCGAGGAUCAACUCGACGUUACUGAGAGAGAGUAUCGCCGCCGUACCGCUCCCGCCUACGAAGCCGACGUCUCCUUUGACCGUCGCUACCAGCCCGUAGAGUCUCAAGACUACUCGCCGACCUACCCCGUCGACGUUUCUUACGACCGAGGCUACCAGCCCCAGCCCGCUUCCGCUUACCCCAGCGAAACCAUCGCCCGUCGCGAAGUUUACGCUCCCCAGGCUCCGGCUUCUACUGUCCGUGUUUCUCAGACUACUGUCCGUGACACCGCACCUACAUCUCGCAAGAUGGGUUACUACGACGACGAGGGUCAGUACCACUCCUUCCGCCGUGGCGUGGAGCGUGCUGCCGACCGCGUUCUGCACCCCUUCCACCACCAUGACCACCAUCACCGUGAGGAAAUCGUCGCUGACGAGCGUGGCCCAGCCCGCUUCUCCGAAGGUGUUCGCGAGGAGGUCCGCAUUGUGGAGCCCCGUAACAAGGGCACCGCCGGCGAGACCGUCCCCAUCCCCGUCCACUUCGUCCGCAUUGGCGACAUCCUGAUCCUUCAGGGCCGUCCUUGCCAGGUCAUCCGCAUCUCCGUCUCCCCCCAGACCGGCCAGCACCGUUACCUCGGUGUCGACCUGUUCACCCGCCAACUGCAGGAGGAGUCCAGCUUCGUCUCCAACCCCUCCCCCUCCGUUGUCGUCCAGACCAUGCUCGGCCCUGUCUACAAGACCUACCGCAUCCUGGACCUCCGUGACGACAACCGCCUCGUUGCCAUGACCGAGACCGGUGACGUCAAGCAGGGUCUCCCUGUCAUCACCCAGGGUGGUUUGUUCAAGCGUAUCCGCGAUGCCUUUGCUGACGGCCGUGGCUCCGUCCGUGCCCUCGUCAUCAACGACGGUGGCCGUGAGCUCGUCGUCGACUUCAAGGUCAUCCACGGCUCCCGUCUGUAA